UAACAACUGCUGUUAACUUCACAUAGCAAGGAAAACGCCAACGUCAAUAUUGUCAAUAAAUACAAUUUUGCUCGUCACCGUGAUCUACCUUUCAAAUUUGUUUUGUUCAGUGGAAAGUUAAAUUAAAACAACUUCAAAAUGCCUAUGGAAAACCUGGAAGAUCAAGGUUUGGAAAAGAAUCCCGACCUGGAACUAACCCACUUCAAGUUCCUACUGACAUUGCCCGAGUUCAAGAACGACAAAAGUGUACAUGCAAAAAUCACAGAAGCUAUCAAAAAAGAUGAUAUGGCCCCCUGGUAUGAACUCAUUUGCCAGGAUGCCGAUUGGAAAAUGGACGAGAAGUUUCUUAAAAUUCUCAAGGCAAAGAAUGAAGAACAGUUGAAGAAACUAAAUGAUGCAAUUGAAGAUGCUGAAAAGAACCUGGGAGAAAUGGAAGUCCGAGAGGCUUAUCUAAGGAAAGCUGAAUAUUACAGUAGAAUAGGCGACAAGGACAACGCAGUCAGUACAUUCAGGCAAACUUACGAUAAAACUGUGUCCUUAGGACAUAGAUUGGAUAUAAUUUUCCACUUGAUCAGAAUUGGACUGUUUUUUAUGGACCAUGAUCUUAUUACAAGAAAUAUUGAUAAAGCCAAAAGUCUUAUUGAAGAAGGUGGAGAUUGGGACAGGCGUAAUCGAUUGAAAGUCUACCAAGGUGCGUACUGCAUGGCAGUAAGAGACUUCAAAACUGCAGCUACAUUACUUUUGGACACCGUCAGCACCUUUACGUCAUAUGAACUCAUGGAUUAUAAAGCCUUCGUUAGGUACACAGUUUAUACGUCAAUUAUAAGUUUACCCCGAAAUCAACUAAGAGAUAAGGUUGUGAAAGGUUCUGAAAUUCUAGAGGUUUUACAUUCAGAACCUUUUGUAAAGGAGUACUUAUUUUCAUUGUAUAAUUGUCAGUAUGCUGAAUUCUUUACUAACCUAGCUAAAGUGGAAGAAGUGUUAAGAAAGGAUUAUUUCAUGAAUCCUCACUACCGAUUUUACAUUAGGGAAAUGAAGAUUUUGGCAUACACACAACUUUUGGAGUCUUAUCGAAGCUUAACUUUGCAAUAUAUGGCUGAUGCGUUUGGUGUCACUACUGAAUUUAUUGAUGAGGAAUUAUCUACUUUUAUCGCAACUGGAAGACUUCAUUGUAAGAUCGAUCGAGUGGGAGGAAUUGUUGAAACGAAUAGACCUGAUCUAAAGAACGCACAAUUUAAUUCGGUCGUCAAACAAGGCGAUCUACUUUUGCAACGAGUGCAAAAGUUAUCCAGAGUUAUCAAUAUUUAGAUUAAGAAAAAGUAUUUAAUGAAAGCUUUUUUAUUCUGUAAUCUUGGAUUUAAACAUGUUCAGCUGAAAUAAAAGUGAUUGUAAUUAA